GUUCCGCUAGCUCUAGCCGUUCGAGUGAUUUCGCCUGGAUUCAUUCGACAUGGCAGCGCACGUAAUGCGCGAACUCGAAGGCGCUGCACAAAUAUUAUUGGCCCCUCCCGACCGAGUGAGCAGUGAACAGCGCCAUGCGGCAGAACGGACCUUCCUUGACUUCCAGAGCACGCGGGCACCCUUCGAGCUAUGCAAGUGCUUACUGGGGUCCAGCCAGGUCGGCUACGUCCAGUUCCAGGCGGCCUCGCUGCUCAAACAGGGCCUCAUCCGAGAGUGGAAGCUGAUGGCGCCGGGAGAGUGGAGCGCCUUGCGCAACCACCUGCUCCAGAUGAUGGCCUGCCAGCCCGGGCUGGAGAACUAUGUCCGGGAAGAGCUGGCCCUUGUGCUGGCCCUCGGCUCGAAGAGGGCCAGCGUAGACGGUGACCCACAGGCUCUGGACGGGCUGCUCGAGCAGGCGGCACAGAUGGUGGCUGCUGGGAACCCUCAUCUUAGGGCUGUGGGCUGCUCCCUGCUCAGCGCCCUACUGGUGGAGUUUUCGAGCUCAACUCGAGCCACGGACGUCGGCCUUACCUGGGAGGUGCAUUUACGAGCCAAAAAAGCCUUUGAGACUACCCACCUCCGGAAGGUGUUCCAGUUCUGCCAGCAGGGCCUGCGGGAGGCCGCCGGGCGCCUGGGUCCCAAUGCCCUGAGCCCCGAGGACCGGGCCCUUCUACGGAGGCUGCUGCUACUCUCGGAGCAGCUGCUCUCGUGGAACUUUCAGUUUGCCAUGCCCCUGCCCCGCAAGCUGGUGGGUCUGUUCGAGUCGCAGCAGAGCCCGACCCUGCGUCCGGGCCCCGAGUGGAAGGGGGCCUUUGACGAGGCGCCCCAGCUGCUGCUGCAGCUGUAUGGUGCCCUGGGCCAGGACCCCGAGCUGGCACACGUGGCCCUGCAAUGCCUGCUGCAGCUGGCCACCCUGAACGGGGCCCUGGUCGGGGAGCGGGACCAGCGGGGCACCCACCUGGGCCGCUUCCUUGGGGGCGGCCUCCUGGACCUGAUGGGGGCCCGGCCCCCGAGGGAAGGGGUGGCCCAGCUGGUGGGGCGGCUGGCCCUUUUCCACCCGCCCAGCCUGCUGGGGCCCGACCUCCUGGGGCCCUACCUGGAGCGGCUGUGUGCCCUGGCAGAGGCCCUGCUACAGCCCCAGCCCGGGUUGUCGAGGGAGGAGGCAGAUCACCAUCAAGAGUCUUUGGACCAGCUCCUGGACGCCUGGGUGCCCCUGCUCCAGGACGCGGCCUUGCUGCCCGAGGAGCCGCUAAGGGGCGCCGCCCUGCGCCUCUUCCAGCUGUACCUGCGCAGCCGCCUCGCCCCGCCCGACGGCACCAGGACUCCGAUUUCCGACGACGAAGACGAGGUGGCAGAGGAGGAGGAGGAUGACCGGCAACGCUACCGGGACCAGCUGGCGGUCGUGGGCAUGCUUGGACGCCACGUGCUGCCUCACGCCGUGCCCCUGCUCUCGCAGUUGUUGGAGCAGCGUACAAAGCAUCUCCAAGAGGUGCUACGGAACGACCCACGGUCGGGUGGUGAUGUUGCAGCUCACAAAGAGCUGCUCGAGGACCUGCACUGGCUGGUGCUGAUGACCGGACACCUGUUGACGACAGUAAGCGAGGGCGAGACGCCGCUGAUCCCGCGGGACGUGACCCAGUACAGCAUGAACUGUGGGGCCGAGAGCCCAGCCACGCUGUCCCUGCUGUCCCAAUUGGGACAAGGGGAUGCCCCCGUCUGCCAGGGGAGUCCAGACCCCGUGGUCAGGUUGAUGGUGGCGGUGCUGCAGUUGUGUGCAGUGGAGCGAGCGGCCCUUCAGGCGGGCUUGGCACCCCUCCUGAGCCCCGAGGUGGCCCUCACGCUGGUGUGGUUCCUUCGACGGUGGGGGCUCACCUACCUGCUGCCCAACGAGAGCUACUACUCGCAGAUGAGUCCGACGCUGGUGGCGGCCUUUGGCCGGGACUCCGAGGCGGGCCCCUACGUGCUGGACUGGGUGCUGGGCAAGCUGUGCUCUAACCUGGAGCUGUGGUCCAGCGAAGCCACCCUGGCCCUGGGCACCUGCCAAACGCUCGUGUCCCUCCUCAACAAUGUCGAGAGGGGUCACCAGGCGGCGGCAUGUCCCAGCCUGCUUGCCCUGGUUCAGCGUCGGGGCCAGCUGGGCAGCCUGGCCCCAGGGGCCCACAGGGCCCUGCUCAAAGCCCUGGUGAUAGCGUGCACAGCCAACCGGUCUCCCCAGGCCCCCCGCCUCUGGGAGGCCCUGCUGGGGCCGCUGCAGCUGCACUUCACCGAGCUCUUCGGCGGCCCCGACGAGGCACGCCGCAGCCUCGUGGAGCCGCGGCGAAGCCAGGCGCUGGACCUACUGGAAUCCCUGGCCGGCGUGGCAGAGGGGGCCACGCCCCAAAACCUGGCCCUGGUGAAGCCGCUGCUGCUGCCCGUGCUGAGGGGCCUGGCCCCGCUGGUGGGGCUGCUCAGGCCCCAGCCGGCCCUGGCCUCCGGAGCCCUGCAGCUGUUUCGGGCGGCUGCACGUCGUCUGCUCUGCUUCCUGGGCGCGGAGGACGCGGGGGAGCUGUGCCAGUGCUGCUUGGCGCUGGCGAGGCAGUUUGCGCAGGACACCACAGGGCGCUUCAGCGUGGAGGUUGCUGCUGAGGAGAGCCACUGCCAGGACCUAGGGGAGCUGCUGGAGCUGCUGACGGAGCUGCUGUCCAAGGACUUCUUGCACAUGGGUCCCCCCUCAAGUCCCCAGGGGGCCCUGCAGCCAGAGCCCGUGUGUGCUUCCACAGUGGUGCUUGAGGGACUCCAGCUACUCCUGCCCCUCCUCAGCGCCCAGUUGCUCCAGUUCCCUUCCCUGUGCCUGCAGUACUUCAAGCUGGUCGCCCUGGUUGGUGAGCUGCACCCCUCCAAGGUGUGCCAGCUGCCUGAGGGACUGCUCCAGGCCCUGCUCAGUUCCAUCCGGCUGGGCCUCACAAGCUUCUCGGCCGAAGUGUGCGGCCUGUGCCUGGACCUGGUGGCGGUGCUGGCCAUGGAGGUGCAUCGCCAACAGCUGCAGGCCACGCCCAUGGGCCACGCGCUGCAGCCCUUCCUGCGCCUGCUUCUGGAGAUGGUGCUGCUGCAGCCCCUCGACUCGGAGCUCACCCUGGUGGCGGGGGGCGCACUCUUUGCCCUGCUCUGCUGCUACCGGGAGCACUUCGAGCAGCUGGGUCAGGCGCUGGUGUCGAGCCAGGCGGACGCCGAGGUGGGGCAGCGCCUGGCACAGGCCCUGGCCACCCUGACCAGGGCACAGCCACUGAGCCUGGACCGGCCGAGCCGGCUGCGCUUCAGGGAUGCCUUUGAGGCAUUCGUCACGGACGUCAGGGGCUUCCUGUGCGUCAAGUGACGGGUGCGGGCCGGCGGCGGGGAACAGUGCCAUCCCGACAUCCGAACCACUGCCACCUGUCGUGUCGAACAGAGUGCUCUUUCGCGGCUCGAACGAGUAAAGCGGCAAUCGUUUUUA